AUUAAAUAUGGCAAGUCAUGAUUGGCCACUAGAACCAUGCCCAUCCGGUUAUAUAGGCACCCGUCCUAGAGGUGCUAGAGAUAGGGCUUGAAGGUAUGCAAAUGAGGGACCCGAACCUGGGGAAGUUAUUUGCAUAAAGUGUGAAAGAGUACUUCAUGGAGGCAUCAACCGCCUCAAAUACCACCUUGUUGGCAUAGACAAACAUGAUGCUAGAGAAUGCAUAGUGACCACUCCUAAAAUAAAAAGAAAAAUGAAUGCCCUACUUGCAGCUGGGGAAGAGAAGAAAUUGCAGAGGAAGAGGGUAAAGCUAGCCAUGAGAUCAGCCAUAGCUGAAUCUCAAGGUGCUUCUAUUGAUAUUGAAGAGGAACAAGAAGCACUUCAGAGCAUAGUGGGCUCUCGGUGUGGCCCACGUAUCCGCAAACCCACCACCACCUCGUCCAUUGCAUCUGGUUCCUCUAGUAGAGUACCUGGCUCUAGUAGUGCCAAUGCCACUGUUGCAUCACGAUCAGGGUCCAUAGGUGACUAUUUUGUGCCCAGGAACACACCUGGAGCACAGCCAUCAUUAGAGGCCACUGGAUGGACUAGGGAGGCACAUGAGAAAUGCCACAUUGCAUGUGCUGAUUUUUGGUACUUAAACAACAUUCCAUUCAAUGUGGCGGAAAAUCCUUAUUGGCUGAAUUUGGUGACUGCAAUGACAGUUGUAGGAAAGGGGUACAAUGCCCCUACUUGCAAGGAGUUGAGUGAGAGGUUGCUCACAAAUGAUGUUGGUAGGGCAAAGGAAGUGGUAGAGGAACAAAAAAAUGAUUGGGCAAAAUAUGGCUGCACCAUUCUUUCUGAUGGGUGGACAGAUGGCAAGAACCGCACCAUUAUAAAUUUUUUGGUUGCUUGCAAGGACAAUGUAGUGUUCUUGAAGUCGGUUGAUGCCUCCAGUAAUGUGAAAAAUGUAGAAACAUUGGCUGGAAUGUUGGAGCAGGUUGUGAUGGAGGUGGGGGUAAAGAAUGUGGUGCAAAUCAUCACAGAUAAUGUAGUAGCAUAUGUGUCAGUAGGAAGAAUCUUCCAAGAGAGGCACCCCACUCUUUUUUGGACACCUUGUGCAGCACAUGUCCUUGACCUUCUUUUGGAGGACAUAGGCAAACUUGAAUGGGUGACUCCAAUUGUGGAAAAUGCAAGGAGGAUCACCAAAUAUAUUUACAAUCACCCUUGGGUUCUAAAUUUGAUGAGACAACACACACAAGGGAGAUAUUUGGUGAGAGUUGGUGUCACAAGGUUUGCAAGGAUUUUCUUGACAUUGCAAAGUGUUCUUGCUACAUUGACUUCUUUGAAACAAAUCUUUGUGAGUAGAGAAUGGCUUAACUCACCUUAUUCAAAGAAGCCUGAAGGAGAGGCUGUGGCAUUCAUAGUAUUCGACAACCAAUUUGCACAAAGGGCUGCAGAGAUUGUGAAGUUAUCUGCUUGAAUUUGAUGACGACGAAGAAGAUGGAGUCGAUGGGCUGCCAAAAAGACUUGUUCCAUUCUACCAUAUUGUACCACUUCCAGAAGGGCAUCGCCAGUGACAACUGUCUUAAGUUUUAACAUCAUGGAAAACACUACAAAUUCUGUAUACGAAAUGUCUGUUGAGUAAAAUUAAUAAAUUACACAUAAUAGUCAAAUUAGUUAAGGCCCAUCAAACUUCAAUUGAAUCACACAUUCUAUGUAAACUAGAAUUGGUCAUGUCUCAGCUGCAUCUAUCAACUUUGCUCUUGUGGAUCAGUGGAUUAACUCUCUUAACAGCCAUUAAUUUUGCAUUCAAUUAUUGUAGAGUUCACCUAGUUCCCGACAUAAUUGUGAGCACUAUGAUGGCCCGAAUGUAAAUCUAGAUGUACUCUAUUUUGGGAGACAAAGGUCAGAAUUGACUGACUCUUGGACCUCAGCAUGGUACGGCUUUUUAAAAAAUAGCUUCCAGCUUUUAACAGUGAUAUGUACACUAUGAUGUUUGUAGACCUCUUGAGCUUGUAACAGUGAAACAUAUCUUGUAUUAUUGCAUGCAUCUGGAGAUGAAAGAAAUUUUAAAAUUUCAAUCGAUUGAGUUAUUUAUUUUGUAUUA